GGAUCAUUUAGUAACUGAGACAGACAACACCCAGAGACUAUGAAACAGUGUUAACGCAAGAAGCUAAAAGUUCUCUCUGCCACUCUUAUGUCUUAGCAGAAAACUCGGGCGCUAAUCUUUGUGUUCUUUAAACGAAAAACCAGAAAAGGGUUUCUUCUUGUUUUUGUUUGCAGUUUUUAUUCUCUCCUUGUUAUCUUGAAAACACUGUAAAAGCGAAGCAAGCAAAGCCCACCCUUUUCUAGUUUCCUAGUUAGUAGCUCAGCUUUCCUUUCUUGCAUUUCUCAGGUGCUGCUUCUCCCUGACAGAUCUCGUUUCUCAAAGAAAAAAAAAGGGUUUUUUAUGAUUUUAUCUCUUCUUCAAGAGAAGAACAGGAAAGCUUUUUAUUGUUUGUUGGGUUUUUUUAAGUGUGAAAAGAAAUGAUUUUUUAUGGUACAAAGGGUUUUUAGGUAGCUUUUUGAAUUACAAGUUUUUGUUUAGAGUUGUGAGGCUUCUGUCUUCUUCUAAAUUUAUAACCUCCUUUGAACCAGAAAAAUUAAAGCUGGUAACAGCCACCCAAAAACUAUGGUUUCCUGUUGUAAAACGAGAUAAAUACACAGUCUUUUUCUCUCUCUGUCUUUCUUUGAGAUCAUUUAUAGAAGCUGAGCUGAUUUCCGGGUCGUUUUACAUUUGUCAAGUAUCUGUCUUUUUCUUUCUCUACUUCUUUAUUAUAAGUCACUGCCAAUAGACCCUCCCUGGAAUAAGAGAAGUGAAGCAAUGUCAGGACAGAAACAGGCAGAGGAAGCAAUUGUACCCUGCUUUAAUGAGACUACUGAACGUGAAGAAAAAGAGGAAGAAAAAGGAGAUCUUUCCAUUUUCAGUGUUAAGAGUCUUCUUUGGCAUGGUGGUUCUGUUUAUGAUGCCUGGUUUAGCUGUGCUUCAAAUCAGGUGGCUCAAGUUCUGUUAACACUGCCAUAUUCUUUCUCUCAAAUGGGAAUGCUUUCAGGGAUUAUUCUGCAGAUUUUUUAUGGUGUUAUUGGAAGCUGGACUGCUUAUCUCAUCAGUGUUCUGUAUAUUGAGUACCGAAGCAGAAAAGAGAAAGAGAAUGUCAGCUUCAAGAACCAUGUCAUACAGUGGUUUGAAGUGUUAGAUGGUUUAUUGGGACCUUCGUGGAAAGCUGUUGGAUUGGCUUUUAACUGCACUUUCCUGCUCUUUGGAUCUGUCAUUCAGCUUAUAGCCUGUGCCAGCAACAUAUAUUACAUAAAUGAUAAGUUAGACAAAAGGACAUGGACUUAUAUCUUUGGAGCUUGCUGUGCUACCACAGUGUUCAUCCCCUCAUUUCACAAUUAUAGAAUCUGGUCUUUUCUGGGCCUUGGUAUGACCACUUACACUGCAUGGUAUUUGACCAUUGCAGCCCUUGUCCAUGGCCAGGUGGAAGGUGUAACUCACCAAGGUCCAACUAAGUUGGUUUUGUACUUCACUGGCGCCACCAAUAUCCUAUAUACUUUCGGCGGACAUGCUGUCACGGUUGAAAUUAUGCAUGCAAUGUGGAAGCCUCAAAAAUUCAAGUACAUAUAUCUAUCGGCCACCCUCUAUGUGUUCACCCUGACCAUCCCAUCGGCUGCUUCAGUCUACUGGGCUUUCGGUGAUCAACUCCUUAAUCAUUCCAAUGCCUUUUCACUUCUUCCACGCUCUGGGUGGCGUGAUGCAGCAGUUGUUCUAAUGUUAAUUCACCAGUUUAUUACAUUUGGGUUUGCGUGUACACCAUUAUACUUUGUGUGGGAGAAAGUGGUGGGGAUGCAUGACACAAAGAGCAUAUGUUUUAGGGCAGUGUGCCGGUUACCUGUGGUGAUACCUAUUUGGUUCCUCGCUAUCAUAUUUCCUUUCUUUGGUCCCAUAAACUCGGCUGUAGGAUCUCUUCUGGUCAGCUUCACUGUCUACAUCAUCCCUGCCUUGGCUCAUAUGCUUACUUAUAAAUCCGCCUCUGCCCGACAGAAUGCAGCUGAGAAGCUUCCUUUCUUCCUCCCAAGCUGGACAGCAGUGUAUGCACUGAACACAUUUAUUGUCAUAUGGGUGUUUGUACUUGGCUUUGGAUUGGGAGGUUGGGCUAGUAUGACAAAUUUCAUCAAACAAGUCGAUACAUUCGGGCUCUUUGCCAAGUGCUACCAGUGUCCACCCUCACCUUCAACAAAACAUCACUGAAUUAAAACUUUGAUUCAAAUCUAAACCCUCUUUUUGUUUACAUUCCAACCACAGUGCAUUAUAUCAUCUUUUCUCUCUUGUAUCAUACGCUGGUAGGGAGGCAUGGACAUCUCCGGUAUAUUCAGUUUGCUAUAGUUUCCUCUCUCCUUGUUCUACCUUUCUCUACAAGUUAUCAGUUAUUGUUAAUGGUUGUAUUCCCUUAGUAUCUAUCUUUUGUCAAUGGAAGCAACAGCAAUCCUUUUAGGCUGGUAUUUCUUCACAUGGUUUGGACAUUGGCUAGCUGUCACAUGGUUUGUACAUUGGCUAGCUUCCCCAUUGAACCAUUUUGCAUGUUAGUUCAUAUCAAUACAAAUCAUAUAAUUACAAUAUAUAAUCUUACAUCUAAAUUCCUUUGACAAAUUCAUAUGUUUCAGCUGUUUAUGUUUUCUUUUUCACAUGAACCCACCACUAAAUUGUCCUCUAGUGUUACUCAAUUGAUCUAUUUUGGAAGUUUUUGAC